AUGCGUAGUUACACCCAAUCAUACCCCAAGCUUAUGUUAGCAGCGACCAGCGUUCAAACGGUCAGAUUUGCCACCAGUUUUAGUUUCAAAAAUUCAAACAGUCAUGGGUUGUCCCCCACAUUCGUUUUGGAGAAGAACUACGCCAAUCUGCUACGAAUCUGCGCUGAAACGUCUGCAAUUUCAGAGGGAAAGUCUAUACAUUCUCGAAUGCUCAAGACCAUACCCGAACCCCCUCUCUUCCUUGCCAACAGCUUGGCCAACAUGUACUGCAAAUGCGGAUACGUCCAGGAUGCCCACUGUGUGUUCGACGAAAUGUCCCAACCUGAUGUAAUCUCUUGGAAUACCAUGAUUGCUGGCUAUUUCCUAUCUGGGUUUUCAUUGCUUGCUUUUGGUUGCUUCAGAAAAAUGUUGUCUUGUGGUGUUAUACCUGACCGAUUUAGUUUCAGUAGUGUCCUUAAAGGUUGCAUUAGUUUGGGAUAUUUCGAUCAAGGAUUACAAGCCCAUUGCACAUUAAUGAAGUUUGGGCUCAGCAAUGAUGUCUUUGCCGGAAGUGGGCUUGUUGAGUUUUAUGCUAAUUUCCAUUUCUUUGACGAAGCGAAGAAGGUUUUUGAUUGUUUGGUGGUUAAAGACACCGUUCUGAUUAACAUCAUGAUUGGUAUUUGCACUAAGAAUGGGAAUUUAAAGGAAGCUUUUGUGAAUUUUCAGUUGAUUUUGUCGUCUUCUCUAGUACCCACGAGAGCUACUUUUGUUAAUUUUCUAGGUGCAAUCCAUGGAUAUGAAGUUUUGAAACAAGGACUGCAAGUUCAUUGCUUAGUAAUUAAAUUUGGUUUUGAGAGUGAUGGUGUUGUAGAGAAUUCUCUUGUUGGAAUGUAUUCGAGUUGUGAUUCCAUGGAUGAUGCUUUCAAUUUGUUGGUUCAUUCGGGUAGCAAGAACGUGAUGUCUUGGACGACCCUGAUUACUGGAUAUGCUGGUCAUGGAUUCUUUCAAGAUGCCAUGGAUGUUUUUUAUUGGUUUUACCAUGAAUCAGUAGUAAUGGAUGAUGUCCUAUUAGCUUGCAUUCUUUGUGUUUCCGCCGCUGCUGAGUGCUUGGAUUUGGGUAUGCAGAUUCAUUCGGUUGCUUAUAAAAGCGGGUUUGAAAUGAACUCAUGCAUUAGGGAUGCUCUAAUGGAUUUGUAUGCCAAGUGUUCAUGUAUGGAGGACACGAUGCAGAUUUUUCAGCUGAUUAUGGGCCAUCAUGAUGUAUUCUCGUGGACGACGGUGAUUUCAGGUUAUGUGCAUAAUGGGUUAUCAACAGAAGCUCUUAUGAGUUUCUACCAAAUGCAAAAGGAUGGUGUUAAUCCAGAUUCAGUUGCAUGUAUCAGUGUUCUUACGGGUUGCGUUGAUCUGAGCGCUAUUGAUCAAGGUGAACAAAUCCAUGCUUAUGUAAUUAAGUUUGGAUGCAAGUCUGAUAUUUCAAUACAAACUGCCCUGCUUUCUUUAUAUGCUGAAGGUGGAAGAUUAGAUUCUGUGCUAAAACUGUUUGGGAAGGUGGUUAGGCACGAUGUCAUUUCGUGGACUGCUUUGAUAUCAGUUUAUGCGAAAGUUGGGUACAAUGAAGCAGCUCUUGCUUUUCUUAUAAAAAUGCUUCAAGAAGGAAUUAAACCGAAUAACUUCACGCUUGCCAGUGCACUAACAGCCUGUGCUAAUCUAACUGCCACUGAAACUGGAAAAUUGCUCCACACCCAUAUCAUUAAAAUUGGAUUUGAAGAUGAUAAAUUUGUAGGGAGUGCUCUCAUUGACAUGUAUUCGAAAUGCGCAAGCAUGGAAAAUGCAGUUACUUACUUUGAAGGGAUGGCAAAGAGCGACGUAGUACUAUGGAAUGCACUACUUUCAGGGUAUGCCCACCAUGGGAAUGGCUUAGAGGUGUUGAAGGCCCUUGACGAAUUGCGAAAUCAAGGGGUGAGGCCCGAUCACAUCACAUUCCUUGCAGUUCUCUCGGCUUGCAGCCACAGUGGCCUUGCCAACAGGGCUGUCGAAUAUUUUAUUUCGAUGCGUGAUGAGCAUGGAAUCACCCCAAUGAAGGAGCACUAUGCCUGUGUUGUGGACGCUCUCGGGCGUGCUGGGUUUUUCAAGGAAUCCGUAGAGUUUAUUGAUGGAAUGGGGAUUGAACCUGGGGUGGUGGUGUUAAGGACACUUCUCAGUUCUUGCACCAUUCAUGGAUGCAUUCCGCUAGGCUUGGCUGUGGUAGCAAAGAUGAUGGUGUUUGGCGACAACAACAUUGCAACUUAUGUGUUGUUGUCGAAUUUAUAUGCUAUUGAUGGGAGGUGGGAUGAUUCAAAGAAGGUUAGAGAAGUAAUGGAGAGGAAGUGCUCAACAAGGAAGGAGGCUGGCAAAAGUUGGAUUGAAAGUAGAAGCCAUAUGUUAGGCUCAUUAUUUUAA